AUGGAGUUUGCAAGACAAGCAGGUGGGUCCUACGUGGUGGAGCCGGAGGAGAACAAGCGGACGAGGACGGCGUACACCCGGGCGCAGCUGCUGGAGCUGGAGAAGGAGUUCCUCUUCAACAAGUACAUCUCCCGGCCGCGCCGGGUGGAGCUCGCUGUCAUGUUGAACUUGACCGAGAGACACAUAAAGAUCUGGUUCCAGAACCGGCGGAUGAAGUGGAAGAAGGAAGAGGACAAAAAGCGGGGGGCAGGGAACAGCAAUGACCCCGAGCAAGACUGUGUGGUGUCCUCUGCGGAGCUCCCGGGCAAAGAGGAU